AUGAACCUUCCGGUUUCCGAAUCUCCGAGGGGACCGACUAAUCCGGAAUCGAGCCGGGUAGGACCACAAGGGCGGCAAAGCUCUACCUCAAGAGUUUUAACACAGCUGCAUUCCCAGGGCUCGAACUCGAGACCUCUGAUAAUGGAGAUAGAUUCGUCCCCUAUUGGUCGGUGUUCUAAGGAACACCAGAACACCUACCAAAGUUGGUUUUCUGUCGCUGAUUCAGAUGGAGAUGGCCGUAUCACCGGCCCCGAUGCUAUCAAGUUCUUUUCCAUGUCUAACUUGUCUCGUCAAGAUCUCAAACAGGUGUGGGCAGUUGCUGAUUCAAGGAGGCAAGGUUUCCUUGGAUUAAAAGAGUUCAUUACGGCAAUGCAGUUAGUCUCUUUGGCACAAGCUGGCUAUACUAUCACCAGUGAUUUUUCAGCCUAUGAUGUAUUGGAAAGCAGUUGUGACAUGGUUUUCUUACAUAAAUCAUCAGGAGUUGACUUUGGUGACCUGCAACUUCCAAUCAUGGAGGGUUUGGAUGCACUCCUAGCUAAGAAAAGGCGCUCAUCUGGUUCACCUGAAAAUAAUGGAAAUUCUCAAACGCAAUCUUCACCAGCAGCUGGUUGGUUUUCUUCCACCAAAUCGGCAAAGAAGGUAUCUUUGAACUCUGUAACAUCGGUUGUUGAUGGGUUGAAGAAGUUGUAUGUUCAGAAGUUGAAGCCCCUGGAAGUAACCUAUCGGUUUAACGAUUUUGUUUCUCCAUUACUGGGCAAUAGUGAUUUCGAUGCUAAACCUAUGGUGAUGUUACUGGGUCAAUACUCAACCGGGAAGACGACAUUUAUCAAACAUUUGCUCAGAUCAAGUUACCCAGGUGCUCACAUUGGACCAGAGCCUACCACCGACAGAUUUGUUGUUGUGAUGAAUGGACCUGACGAGAGAAGCAUCCCAGGGAACACCGUUGCUGUUCAUGCAGAUAUGCCUUUCAGUGGUCUGACUACUUUUGGAAGUGCAUUUCUGUCCAAAUUUGAGUGUUCACAAAUGCCGCAUCCUCUGCUGGAGCAUAUUACAUUUGUUGACACUCCUGGAGUUUUGUCUGGAGAAAAGCAGCGCACACAAAGAAGUUAUGACUUCACCGGUGUCACAUCUUGGUUUGCAGCGAAAUGCGAUCUCAUCCUGCUUCUGUUUGAUCCUCACAAACUUGAUAUAAGUGAUGAAUUUAAAAGAGUCAUUGGAUCUUUACGAGGUCAUGAUGAUAAAAUUCGUGUGGUGUUGAACAAGGCUGAUCAAGUUGAUACACAACAACUGAUGCGGGUUUAUGGAGCAUUGAUGUGGUCCCUUGGGAAAGUGCUAAAUACUCCUGAAGUUAACCGUGUAUAUAUUGGCUCAUUUAAUGACAAGCCUAUAAAUGAGGCUGCUGCGGGUCCUAUUGGCAGAGAGCUUUUUGAGAAAGAACAAGAUGACCUUCUCUCUGAUUUGAAAGACAUACCAAAGAAGGCCUGUGAUCGUCGUAUAAAUGAAUUUGUAAAACGUGCUAGGGCUGCUAAGAUACAUGCUUACAUUAUCAGUCAUCUUAAAAAAGAGAUGCCUGCAAUGAUGGGCAAAGCUAAGACACAGCAGAGACUCAUUGAUAACCUCCCUGAUGAAUUUGCCAAGGUUCAGAGGGAAUAUCAUCUCCCUGCAGGUGAUUUCCCAAAUGCCGAGCACUUUAGGGAGGUUUUAAGUGGGUACAGCAUAGAUAAGUUUGAGAAGCUGAAACCUAAAAUGAUACAAUCGGUUGAUGACAUGCUCGGCUAUGACAUCCCUGAACUCUUGAAGAAUUUUCGCAAUCCUUACGAUUAGGAUAUAUGUGUCUGCAUUCUUGAUGGAUCAUUUUCUGUGAUCUCGAAAUAUUAUUAUUUGUUUUUUUUUUUUUUCAGUUGGAAGGGGCAUGAUCUUUGUGGUGUCCUCAUAUCUUGGCAAGCUGCUUGUAAAAGUUGAAUAAUUUUGUCUUUGUUGUAAUUAUUGGAUUGGACAAAUCUAAUCAAUAAUCAGAUAUGUUUCUUAGUUGGGUACAUAUAUGGCAGAAAAACUCUACUUGACUAACAUUUGUUUUUUCUUCGAAAGAUAGAACUAUAUAUAUACA